AUGUCUGCAAGGCAAUUUUAAGUUGACGUCGAAAAUUUUGGGAAAAUAUUUUCUGUCGUUAAGAAUUUUACUUUCUUUCUGAAAAGCCUAGAGUUCACUUCAUUAUCAAUCGGACGUUUAGUCUAUUGCUCAACAAAUCAACCCGAAUCAACUAAAGUCACCGGUAUGGAUACUGAAGAUAAGCAGUCGUGUGAUAAUUUCACACUGGACACGACGUCCAGCUCCAAACUGAAUUAUCCAUGUGGCGGUCUUGAAAUGAAACGGAAAUUGGAUGACACGGAGAAACCAGAAAAGUCCGAAGACUCCACAGAUCCAUGUGCGCAUAUGAUCUCGACCUCGUCAUCCUCCUCGUCCAAUACCAUUAUGAGUCAAUACUUCGCCUCUGAGUGUGAGAAACGCGAUCAAACAAGAAAAGAGCCCCCAAAUAUUGGCUACGAGUUGAAUGUGGCCAAGGCGAUUAUGCAACAAUACAGCACCAUCAGCGGUGACAAUUUGUUCGACCACUUGUCUGAUAUAAUUAAAAGAGUUAUCGAUGAACGUCCACCGAAUGUUAUAGACUUCUUUGAGGAGUUCAGUCGCAAUGUGCGUGAACAGAAACUACAUCUGCCAGAGCGAUUUCCACCGGACGGCGUCUUCGAAGAGUCGCGACUCUAUCGUGUGGCCAAAAAGUUACUUUUGUCAAUGAAGUUACCAACACCGGAACCGCACGAACUGCCCGCCGCGGACGAAAUGACUGCUUUGGAGGAGUCGAAAUCGGCUAUUUUGGAAGGACUGAAGCUAGACAUUUUAGACUUAAGCCGCUUCAUAACCUUCAAUGAGCGUGUACAGCAUUUACAAUUCUUUUGGAAUCAAUGCGGCUUCGGUAUCAACCCAGACGACAUCUUUCAACUCGCCUGUGCCAUGGAUCGCCUGCAAACACAUCCCUCCAUAAUGCAAUGUCGUUUUUGGGGCAUGAUCAGCGGUCUAAAAGCAUCAUAUUAUAUAGUGGAGGCCUCACUGUCACAUGAGGAGGUGCUGUCACGUGUCGAUCAAAUGACCGAGGAGCUACAGGAAAAGCGCAAGGAGAUGUUACAACGCAUCGUAUCGGGUGUACGACCAACACCAACCUUCAUCGGCCCGGAAUUGAUACCCGGAAAAUUGGGUUGGGACCAACAUCCGAUUGAGGAAGUAGAGAAAAUGGUGCCCGAAGCAGCGCCAAUACCGCUAGUUGAACCGAAGGAGGUAUUUAGUGUGCCACCCGAACUGGUUGGCGCAGGCACCAAUCGCUAUUCGUACUUUGUCGUGAACAAUGUUUCAGAUGACUGGAUAGAAUUACCCAUGGUAACACCGGGUCAAAUUAGAGCUUCACGCGAAAUAAAGAAAUUCCUUACGGGCGAUCUUGAAGCGGACAUACAAUCGUAUCCCUGCUUUCCGGGCAAAGAAAAACAUUACUUGCGUGCGCUCAUAGCACGCAUAACAGCCGGUACAUAUAUUGCGCCUUACGGUUACUACCGAACGAUGACGAAGAAGGAGCGACGUGCCUACGAUGGUAUAGAAGAUGACGAGGAGGAGGAGGAGGAGGAAGAGGAACCAUCUGUUUUGGGCGAGGGCGAAGAAGAUACAAUUGAUAAUGACGUAAUGCUCUUGAAGAAUGAAAAAUACGAGCCGGAACAGUUGGAGUCACUCACAGACACAGAGAAAUGGUUACAUGUACGCCCGAAUCUACUAUUGCAGGGACGUGUCAUCUGGUAUGAUGAAUUGAAGGCGCAAAAAGUACGCGAGAAGGAAAUAGAACGUCUUAAGAAAAUGCUACAUAUGGAGGAGAUGGGUGUGGAAGAGGAUGAACUGGAAUUGGAGGAAGAGGAGGAGGAAGACAUGGAGGGGGAAGAAUUUUCUGUGCCCGAAGAAGGACCGCCGAUACUGCAUCCAAUCUCCAACGAUCGUAGUGAUCAAUACACUAUACCGUGGGUCUCACGCUUCACCAGCAAAUACACUAAUCGUAAUGAACGUAUACUCGUCAUGCAAUCGAAUGUCUGGCCGGGUGCUUACACCUUUACCUUUGAAAAACUCUGCGAAUCGAUUUAUGUCGGUUGGGGUCAUAAGUAUGUGGCACGUAAUAUGUUAUUUAAACACUUGCCACCCGUAAUGGGUGAGUAUCCGCAUGGCGAUGAAGACUUCAUUGAGACCACCGAUCCGACACCCGAGGAGGAGGAGGCUUAUCGGCUGAGUUUGCUUAAGAAACAGAAGAAAGUGGACGAUGGUGAGCAGUUGGAUGAGUAUGACGACGAGUACUCGGCUGAUACAAAUACAACAGAUCAAGAUGAAGAAGAAUGAAUGAUUUAUUGAAAUAUUUUCUUUGAAGAAAACAAUUUGUUCACUUGUUUUAAAAAUUAUAUAAAAUGCAGUU